GGGCGGGGGAGGGGGGAAAGCAACAACAAAAAAAAAAGAAAGAAAAAAAGAAAAAAGAAAACCCACCCCCAUACCCUAACCCCGCUCCUCCAACCCCAAAACUUGCUCAACUCGCUCCGGGAGGCGCCGGGCGCCGCGCAGCGGGCGCCGCUCCAUGCGGCGGCGGGGCCGGCGCUGAGCCCCGGCGGCCGCGGAGCCAUGGCCAUGGUGGCCGGCGGCUGGGGCGAGCCCAACGGCGGCGGCGGCGGCGAGGAGGCGGCGUCCCCGGCGGGCGGCGGCAGCGACGCCGAGCACGGCGAGGAGGAGCGCGCCGGGGCGCCCGUGGACUGCGUGGUGUGCGGCGACAAGUCCAGCGGGAAGCACUACGGCGUCUUCACCUGCGAGGGCUGCAAGAGCUUCUUCAAGCGCAGCAUCCGCAGGAACCUCAGCUACACCUGCAGGUCCAACCGCGACUGCCAGAUCGACCAGCACCACCGCAACCAAUGCCAGUACUGCCGCCUGAAGAAGUGCUUCCGCGUGGGCAUGAGGAAGGAAGCCGUGCAGCGGGGCCGGAUCCCCCCCAGCCACUCCAGCACCAGCCCCAACGCCAUGCCCAGCGGCGAGUACUUCAACGGGCAGCCGGUGUCGGAGCUCAUCUCGCAGCUGCUGCGGGCUGAGCCCUACCCGGCGGCCCGCUACGGCUCGCAGUACGCGCAGCAGGGCAGCGUCAUGGGCAUCGACAACAUCUGCGAGCUGGCCGCCCGCCUCCUCUUCAGCACGGUGGAGUGGGCCCGCAACAUCCCCUUCUUCCCCGAGCUGCCCGUCUCGGACCAGGUGGCCCUGCUGCGCCUGAGCUGGAGCGAGCUCUUCGUGCUCAACGCGGCGCAGUCGGCGCUGCCGCUGCACAUGGCCCCGCUGCUGGCCGCGGCCGGCUUCCACGCCUCGCCCAUGUCGGCCGACCGCGUCGUCUCCUUCAUGGACCAGAUCCGCAUCUUCCAGGAUCAGGUGGAGAAGCUCAACCGGCUGCAGGUGGAUUCGGCCGAGUACAGCUGCCUCAAAGCCAUCGCGCUCUUCACGCCGGACGCCUGCGGCCUCUCGGACCCGGCGCACGUGGAGAGCCUGCAGGAGAAGGCGCAGGUGGCCCUCACCGAGUACGUGCGCUCGCAGUACCCGUCGCAGCCGCAGCGCUUCGGCCGGCUCCUGCUGCGCCUGCCGGCCCUCCGCGCCGUGCCCGCCUCGCUCAUCUCCCAGCUCUUCUUCAUGCGGCUGGUGGGCAAGACGCCCAUCGAAACACUAAUCAGGGACAUGCUGCUCUCCGGGAGCACCUUCAACUGGCCCUACGGCACGGGGCAGUAGGGCAGCGCCAGGCUCGCGCCGCGGCGCGCAGCCCCCGCUCCCGGCCGCCGCGCUGCGUUUGGACGCUGAACUUUUCCGUAACCUUUUAAACCGGAGGUUCUCCUGCCUCCGGCCCCCUGGGCUCAGAUCAGGGCAGAAAGGACUUUGGACCAGGCCCAGGGAUUAUUCCCGGCUCUGACGCAAGGGGCAGAGCUGGGACGGAGCCCGGGCAGGGGAGCGCCGGCCUCCCGCUCUCCGCCUCAAUCUGAAUUUCAGAUGUCAGGAAGGAGGCGACCGGAGCUGGGACGAGUCCCGGAGCGACCCGCGGGGCUCAGAGCGAAGCCGUCCGGCUCCCGCUGCCCGCCUCCACCUCUGUCCCGGCCGGCGUGGGAAAGGGGGAGAGGGCGGCUAAAGCCCCUCCGCAUCCCGCCGCGGGGACAGAUGCGGCCGGGAGCGCUGCGCCAGGCCCCGGCCCUGCACUUUCCACUGAAGCAUCUCCGCGGCGGGUGCUGCCCCGGGCUGCCCGGAGCGGCACCCGGCCCCGCGCAGAGGCGCCUGCUGCAAACCGGGCGGUUCCCGGCGGCGCGUGCCGGCGGCACGGCACGGCGCCCGGUGCCGGAGGGGCCCCGCGGCCGUGGCUCUGCCCGCCGCUGCUCCUGCUCGGCGCUUUGACCCGCCGGCUGCAGCCCCGGCGAGCGGCGCCGCGGACCGGCGCGGGGCUGGGGCGCGGCGAGGGGGGGGCAGAGCCGCCGCGGCCCCUCCGCCGGCGCUGCUUCUCAGGGCGAUACUGUGCAAACAGGCGGAGGCAGGAUUAGUCGGGGAUUUGUCAUUUAGAUUGAUUCACUGCAAAUAUAAUCCUUGUUCAAUGAUACUAAACAAAUUAACUGAAGUCAAUAAAGAUGUUUCUUACAA